AGGACGACACAACGUCGACGUCGACAUCGACGGCGCGUACUGGCCACUCGGUCGACCCGUUCGAUUUUCAUUGGCGACUUUCAUACGAACGGACACGAACAACGCCUUCGUUAACGCGUUUAUUAGUCCGACGCCAUACUUUCAUAUCGUUCGUAUAUUUCUUCUUUUUCUUCUUCUUCUUCUCUUUUUUUUUUCCUAUGAAUUCGAAAAUCGUAUUAACCAACUUAAUUAUCGUUUUAACUCAAUCUAAUUCAAUCUAUGUCCGACAUCGAAGAGGAUCUUGCCGAGAGGCGACUAAAAAUUGUUCUUCUCGGUGAUUCCGGCUCUGGAAAAACGAGCAUCGCCUUGAAGUUUUGCACCAACGAAUUUACUAGACAAUACACACCAACGGCCGGCAUUGAUUUCUUUUUAAAAAAUAUUACCGUUGGUUCUUACAAAAAUGUUAACCUACACCUUUGGGACGUCGGAGGUCUCGCUCUUCAUGGUAACAUGUUGGACAAAUACGUGUUUGCAGCUAACAUCGUCCUUUUGGUAUAUGAUAUUACGAACAUUACGAGUUUUGAAAUUCUCGACGAAUGGGCCAAUAAGAUACGUGGAAUGAACGACAGUAUUGAAGAACCACCAUUAAUGGCAUUGGUCGGUAAUAAAUGUGAUAUGGAACAUCAAAGAACUGUUAAAAAAGAUAAAUCACAUCGUUAUGCAGCAGAAAAUGGAUUUCCAUAUUAUGAUAUGUCUGCGAGAACUGGCGAAUCGCUUUCCUUGUGUAUCGUAAGCUUGGCCGCACAAGUUUUAGGUGUACGAUUAUCGAAAAAUGAUCAAGAUUUUCAUAAGCCGAUUAUUAUUGCUGAAAUUGGAGAUACAGUGGAUAUGAACACGAUUCAUAAGGUUGUAAAAAGAUUUCCUAAUAAGAGACACCAUCCGAUUUCCUUUCAUUCACAUUUUCCUAUAUCAAAGUCAACUGUUUGCACUUUACAAUGAUUAUUAAUGAAUAUAUAUAUAUAUAAAAAUAAUAAUAUUUAAGAAAAUAAGAAAAACAUAUUCGAUGAAUUAAGACUAAUAAUAUAGCUCGUUUAUACUUAGAUGCGAUUAAUUUUUUUUAUUAAGGAAUCAACAUGGUAAUGACUAUAAAUUAAUAGAAUAAUUGAAAAACAAUUUUAUUGAUAUUUUCCUAAGGGCAAUAAUAAGAUUAAUAUUUAGAUUAUAACAAGGUUGAAAAUAUUUUUCAAUAGUUUGUACAAUUACCAUAGCAUGUUUAUGAACGUGUAUGUGUGUGUAUGUGUGUUUGUUUGUUUGUUUGUGUGUGUGUAUACAAAUUUAAUUUUAUAAAAUAUGUCAUACCAUGAUUCAACAUAGAAACACAUACUAAUAUCAACUAGGGAAAAAGAAGAAGUAUUUAUUAGAGAGGGAUCAAACUUUUCAUGAGAAUAAAAUUACAUUGACUGUCUUAAGAUUCCUACAACUUACACUAACAAUGAGUAUGACUAUACAUGCUCUUGUACAAGUCAUGUAUACAUAUUAUAACAUUUACUGUAAAAGGUAUUUGCAAUUAAAUUAAUUAAUGCAAAUAAUAAACCAACUUUGGUAUAAUA